CUGUCCCCGGCGCGUUGGACGCUGGAAGCCAAGAUGGCGGCGGAGCUGGUGGAGGCGAAAGUGAAACAUGGUGAUGAGUUUCCGCGUGUCGGACCUCCAGAUGCUGCUGGGAUUUGUGGGCCGGAGCAAGAGCGGCCUGAAACAUGAACUGGUAACGCGGGCCCUGCAGCUGGUCCAGUUUGACUGUAGCCCAGAACUGUUCAAGAAGAUCAAGGAGAUCUACGAGACGCGUUACGCCAAGCUUUCGGACCCAGGACAGCCGCAGCCACCUCAGCAGCACCGGCCUUCUCCGGAAGCCCUCUCCAUCCACACGUCCUACGACCGCAGCAACGCGGUGGCCCGGACUGCUCUUUCUACGCCCAACAUUGACUAUCCUUCCCUCUACGGAAAGUACUUAAAUGGACUUGGGCGGCUACCCGUCAAACCUGUGAAACCGGAGGUCCGGCUGGUGAAACUUCCCUUCUACACCAUCUUGGACGAACUGUUGAAGCCCACGGAGCUUGUCCCGCAGAACAAUGAAAAACUUCAGGAGAGUCCCUGCGUCUUCGCCCUGACGCCGAGGCAAGUGGAGCUGAUCAGAAAUUCCAGGGAGUUGCAGCCAGGUGUGAGAUCAGUCCAGGUCGUCCUCAGAAUCUGCUACACAGACACCAGCUCCCCUCAGGAAGAUCAGUACCCCCCAAACAUCGCUGUAAAAGUGAACCAUAGUUACUGUUCCGUCCCGGGCUAUUACCCUUCAAACAAGCCCGGGGUGGAACCAAAGCGGCCUUGUCGUCCAAUCAACCUCACGCAUCUCAUGUACCUGUCUUCCGCGACCAACCGCAUCACCGUCAUUUGGGGCAAUUAUGGAAAGAGUUAUUCCGUGGGCCUCUUCCUCGUGCGGCAGAUGACGUCGGCGGAGUUGCUGCAGAGGUUGAAAACGAUCGGCAUUAAGCACCCAGAGCUGUGCAAGGCCCUCGUCAAAGAGAAGUUGCGCCUGGAUCCGGAGAGUGAAAUCGCCACCACUGGUGUGAGGGUAUCUCUAAUAUGCCCGCUGGUAAAGAUGCGCCUGUCGGUGCCGUGUCGAGCCGAGACCUGUGCCCACCUGCAGUGCUUCGAUGCCGUCUUCUACCUGCAGAUGAAUGAGAAGAAGCCCACGUGGAUGUGUCCUGUCUGUGACAAACCAGCCACUUACGACCAGCUGAUGAUAGACGGGCUCUUGUCGAAGAUCUUGACGGAGUGUGAGGACGCCGACGAGAUUGAAUACUUAGUGGACGGCUCCUGGUGCCCCAUCAAAGCCGAGAAAGAGAGGAGCUACAGCCCUCAGUGUCCGAUAGUAGUCGUGGGUGGGUCCGCCGCAGGGGGCACGUCGGAUGUCAACGGGGGCCCGCCUCCUGCCCCCAGUGUGGAGAACGGCAAAGUCCCCGCCGACGUGGUCGACUUAACACUGGACAGCUCGUCUUCCGAGGACGAGGAGGAGGACGAGGAGGAGGACGAGGAAGACGGCAGGCCCAAAAGGAAAGUCCCCCGCUUAUACAAGAACGGCCUGGCUUCCGCCUGCUGACUUCAGGGGGGGCGUUCCGGAACCUCCGAGCGCAAAAGCUUGAAUACUUUUGGUGCUUACUCAGAGACGGGGAGAGGGGCGUUUUUCUCCCUGCUCCCCCAUUCCUGACGCACUUUGGUCUCGCCCCCGAUAGCUUCGCUUUGACUUCCCAGUUCAGACUUAAGGAAAAGACCCACGUGGGAGGGGGCACACGACCACGACGACGACACGGCUGGAAGACGACCCACCCCGCGAACCGUUCUCCGGCCCCCUCGGCCUCCGUCUCAGCUUGAACUGCCUUCGGAAGCGAAGGGGGGGGGGCGCGUCUCCUUUCACGCACGCAGCCUGCUGAGAAAUUUGCCACUGACUCGGUUUCCCUUCUCCACGCCCUCUUCUCUCCUCGUUCAACCCGGUUGCUUUUGGGAUAACCCGAAGUUGACCCUGCCCGGAGGCCGGCCGGCCGGCUCGCCUGAACUUUCACGGGUCUCCAAAGUUGCGUGCGCCUUUUCGGGUUUUUUUUUUAGGUUUUUUUGCCUUGUUCAACGACCAUUCCUGACACACACACACACACACACCCUCUCUCUCUCUCUCUCUCUUGUGAAACACCUUACCGGACAUUUGGAGGGGGUAUUGCUUUCCCUCGCUGGUUGGGCCGAGAACACAGCUGGAUUCCUAAUGUAUCUCUCCCCCCCCCACACCCUCCCAGAUCCGUAGACACGUAAAGUAAUUGUGGGGCGGGAUCCAGGAAAACAGUACGACAAAGCCAAGACUGUUUAGGAACACUUUCUUUUCGUCCGUUUCCGAGAGGACCUCAUGUAAAGAAAAGACGGGGACUCUUUUUAACCUCUUUUCGAAAAUAACGUAGAGUUUUAGCAUAGUGAAUUCCCCCUCUCCUUUUUCCCCCCCCCCUUCCCCUAAAAAAAAAAAAGUUGAACAGAAGCCAUUUGGGCCAGGGGGUG